AUGAACAAUUCCAUUUUCUUGAUCCUGCUAGCCAUAGCAUCGUAUUCCCAGGCAUUGGAUUGGUUCUUAUUGACGCAGCAAAACUAUGCAGCCAUCCAAUCGGGAUUGUCGCAACUGAAUGCAGCUGCCGCGCUUAUGCAUCGAUCGAUGGUUGAACAGCAGAACCUUGCCUUAGCUGCUGUCGACGGUUUGACAGUUCACAUGAACAGGUCGCUUGCUGAUUUGAAACAUCGUUAUCCUGCCACGAAUGUGACUACCGAUAGAUUGGAUGGUACCGAGUUCUACGCUGGUUUCGUGAGAUCUACCACCGACCAGUUUCGUCAGUCAGUGACCAAUAACGUGAUGGUUCCUGCGCAGGUGAUCGUACGGGACAUUCUGGAUGCAAUGAAUGAUUUGUUUAGUGAACGAAACAGAAACUGUGCCGAAAGAUAUGCUUCUAAUCUAGUGCAGCCUUCAAUUUCGGUGGGUCGUUUGAAGGAUUGUCUCAUCACGAAUAUUCCUUUCUUCCGUGGGUUGACUUCAGCUACACAGUUACUGCUUAAUUACGCGAAAGCUGCUGUCGACUCAACGAUGGCUCAGGUACAGCUCUGUUCGCCGGAUUCAUCCAACUGCUUAGCCAAGUUCUGCCAUGAUUUGCCUGAUCAGUUAAAUAACAUUAUAAACAGCGUUGGAAAUCUAUACGGAACACCAUCGAUGUUCUCUCAGUCCGCAGUUGCUAGGAAUCAAGAAUGUGUUGCUCUGAUUACAACGGAUAUACAGGAAACGAUUCAGGAAAUAAGGACCAAUGUCACCAAUUGUGCUGCUAGCUUUAAGCCAUGUGGUAUUUUUGGUAUUUUCCAAUGUAGCGUUACAGAUACGUAGUCGAUUAGUUUCUAACUUUUUUGUACGUAGAAUUGUGAAUAUAAAUUACUCUACGAAAUUAAAUUAGCAGGGAACCAUCUUCCAUUUGACAUAGGAGUCAUAUUUACUAUAUUUCACCCUGACUCUUAUCCUUUUGAUGGGUUACCUGUUGAACCCAUGUAUCUGAAGCUCCU